AUGAUGAUGGAUGAUGUUGAUGAUGAUGAUGUUGACGAUGAUGAAGUCGUUGAUGCUGAUGAUGAAUACGACGAUGUAGAUGAUGAAGAUGAGAAUGAUGAUAAUGAUGAGGAUCAAGAUGAUGAGGAUGACCAUGAUGAUGAUGAUGAUGAUGAUGACGAUGAUGACGUUGAGGAUGAUGAAGAGGAUGACGACGAUGAUGACGAUGAUGAUGAUGGUGAGGACGAUGGCGAUGAUGAUGGUAUCUAUUGUGACGAAGGUGUUGAUGAUGAUCAACGUGAUGCAGAUGAUAAUGAUGACGAAGACGAUGAUGAUGAUGACGGCGAUAACGAUGAUGAUGAUGAAGAUGAUGAUGAAAAUGACGAAGACGAUGACGAUGAAGUUCAUGAUGAUGUUGAUGAUGAUGAUGUUCACGAUGAUGAAAACGAUGUUCAUGAUAACGAUGACGACGAUGACGAUGAUGAACAUGAGAUUGAUGAUAACGAUGAGGAUGAUGAAGAUGAUGAUGAUGAUGAUGAUGAUGAUGAUGAAAAUGAUGACGAUGAUGAUGAUCAUGAAGUCGAUGAUCAUGAGGAUGACGUUGAUGAUGACGAAUAUGAUGCUGAUGAUGUUGAUCACGAUGAUGAUGAUGAUAAUGUUGAUGGUGGAGACGACGAUGAUGAUGUUGAUCAUGAUGAAGUCGAUGAUGAUGAUGAUGAUGACGAUGAGGAUGAUGAUAAUGAUGAUUAUGAUGAUGAUGAUCAGAAUAUGGAUGACGAUGAUGUUGUUGAUGAUGACGAUGAUGAUGAUGACGAUGAAGAUGAUGAAGAUGGUGAUAAUGAAGAUCAUGAUGAUGUUGAUGAUGAUGAUGUUGACGAUGAUGAAGUCGAUGAUGAUGAUGAUGAUGACGAUGAUGAUGAUGACGACAAUGAUGGUGACGAUGAUGAUGAUGAUGAUGAUAUUGUUGAUGAUGAUGAUGACGGUGUUCAUGCUGAUGGUGAUGAUGAUGAUAAUGAUGACGAUGAUGAUCAUCACGAUAUUGAUGACGAUGAUGAUGAUGAUGAUGAUGAUGAAGAUGACGAUCACGAUGAUGAUGAUGAUAUCGAUGGUAAUGGUGAUAUUGAUGAUGAUGAUGACAAUGAUGAUGGUGAUGAUGAGGAUCAUGAUGAUAGUGAUGCUGAUGAUGAUGAUCACGAUGUUAUUGAUGAUGAUGAUGAUGAUGAUGAUGACGUUGAUGCAGAAGAUGAUGAUGACGAUGACGCUGAUGACGGUGUUGAUGGUGAUAUUUAUUAUGAUGAUGAUGGUGAUGAUGAUGAAGUUGAAUACGAUGAUGAGGAUGAUGAUGAUGAUGACAACGAUGACGAUGAUGAUGACGAACAUCAUGUUGAUGAUGGUGAUGAUGAUGAUGACGAUGAUGAUGAUAUAGACGAUGUUGUUGAUGCUGAUGACGGGGAUGUUGAUGAUGAUGAAGAUGACGAUGAUGAUGAUCCCGAUGAUGGUGAUGAUGAUGAUGAUGAUGACGAUGAUGAUGAUGGUGAUGACGACGAUGAUGCUGAUGAUGAUGAUGACGAUGAUGAUGACAAUGUUGAUGACGAUAAUGGUGAUGAUGGUGAUGUUGACGAUGAUGAUGAUGAUGAUGAUGAUGUUGAUGAACUCGAUGAAGAUGGUGAAGAUUUUGAUGAUGAUGACGAUGAGGACGACGAUGAUGAUGAUGAUGUUGAUGAUGAUCAUGAUGACGAUGUUCAUGCUGAUGGUGACGAUGAUGAUGAUGAUGAUGCUGAUGACGGUGUUGAAGAUUAUGGAUUCCGUGAUGAUGAUGAUGACGACGAUGGCGAUGAUGAAGUUCUGAAUCAUGAUAAAUUUGAGGACGUUGAGGGUGAUGAUGAUGACGAGCAUGAUAAUGAUGAAGAUAAUGAAGACGAUGAUGAUGAGGAUGACGAUGAAGAUGAGGAUGACGAUGUUAAUGAUGAUCAUGAUGAUGAUGACAUUGAUGAUGAUGAUGAUGACGAUGAUCACGACAAUGAUCACCCUGGUAUUGAUGAUGAUGGUGAUGAUGACGAUGAUCAUGAUCAUGACGAUGACGGUGAUUUUGAUGCUAAUGAUGAAGACGAUGAUGAUGAUUACAAUGAUGAAGACGAAUUUGAUGAUGAUCAUGAUGAAGAUGAUGAUGAUCACGAUGUUGAUGACGAUGAUGAUGAUGACGAUGAUGAUGAUGAUGAAGUUGAAUAUGAUGAUGAGGAUAAUGAUGAUGAUGAUGAUGAUGACGAUGUUGAUGAAAAUGAUGAAAAUGCUAUUGAUGAAGAUGAUGCUGAUGACGACCAUUAUGAUUUUGACGAUGAUGAUAAUGAUGACGAUCAUGUUCGUGACGAUGGUGAGGAUGACGAUGAUGUUGACGAUGAUGGUGACUGUGAUGAUGAUGACAACGAUGAUGAUGACGAUGACGAACAUCAUGUUGAUGAUGGUGAUGAUGAUGACAAUGUUGAUGACGAUAAUGGUGACGAUGGUGAUGUUGACGAUGAUGAUGAAGCUGAUGAUGAGGAUGAUGACGAUGAAGGACAUCAACUUGAUGCUUGUGAUAAUGAUGAUGAUGACGUUGAUGAUGACAAUGAUCAUGAUGAUGAUGACGAAGAUGAUGAUGAUGACGAUGAUGGUGAUUGUGAUGAUGGUGAUGAUGAUAAUGAUGAUGAUGCUGGAGAUGAUGAUGAUGACGAUGACGACUAUGAUGAUAUAGACGAUGUUGUUGAUGCUGAUGACGGGGAUGUUGAUGAUGAUGACGAUGACGAUGAUGAUGAUCCCGAUGAUGGCGAUGAUGAUGAUGAUGAUGACGAUGAUGAUGGAGAUGAGAAUGAUGAUAAUGAUGAUGAUGAUGAUGACGACGAUGAUGAUGAGGACGAUGAUAAUGACAAUGAUGAUGAUGAGGAUGAUGAAGAUAAUAAAGAUGACGCUGAUGAUGAUAAUGAUGAUCACGAUGAUCGCGAAGGUCAUAUUGAUGAUGGUGCUGAUGACUAUGUUGAUGAUGAUGACAAUGUGGGUGAUGUUGAUGAUGAAGAUGAUGGUGAUGACGAUGAAGAUGAUUGUGAAGAUGAUGAUAAUGAUGAUGAUGAUGAUGACGAUGUUGAUGACGACGAUGACGAUGACAAUGUUGAUGAUGAUAAUGCUGAUGAUGUUGAUGUUGACGAUGAUGGUGGUGAUGACGAUGAUGAUGAUGAUGAUGACGAUGAUGAUGAUGAGGUUAAUGCUGAUGAUGAUCAUAUGGAAGAUAAUGAUGAUGAUGAUAUUCAUGAUGAUGAUGAAAAGGAAGAUAAUUAUGAUGCUGGCGACGAUGAUAAUGAUGCUGACGCUGAUGAUGAUAUAGACGAUGACGAUGAUGAUAAUGACGCUCAAGAUGAUAAUGAUGAAGAUGACGAUGAUGAUGAUGACGAUUGGGAUGGUGAUGAUAAUGACGAUGAUGAUGAUGAUGAUGUUGACGUUGAUGAUGACGAUUGGAAUGGUGAUGAUUAUGGAGAUGAUGUUGAUGAUGACGACGGUGAGGAUGUUGUCGAUGGUGAUAAUGCUGACGACGACGACGAUGAUGAUGACCAUGAUGAUGAUGAUGACGAUGAUGAUGAUGAUGAUGAUGAUGAUAAUGAUGAUGAGAACGUUGAUGGUGACAAUGAUGAUGAUGAUAAUGAUGAUGAUGAUGAUGAUGUUGAUGUUGACGAUGAUGAUGACGAUGAUGAUGAUGACGAUGUUGGUGACGAUUGUAAUGGUGAUGAUGAUGACGAUGAUGUUGAUGAUGAUGAUGGUGACGAAGAUGAAGAUGAUGAUGAUGAGGACGAUGAUGGUACUGAUGAUGAUGCCGAUGAGGAUGAUGGUGAAAAUGAUUAUGUCGAUUAUGAUGAUGACGGCGAUGCUGAGGAUGAGGUUGAUGAUGACGACGAUGCCGAGGACGGUGAUGGUUAUGAUGAUAAUGCCUAUGAUGACGAUUAUGAUGGUCAUGAUGACGAUGAUGAUGACGAUGAUGAUGAUGACGAUGAUGACAAAGAUGACGAUGAUGUUGCUGAUGAUGUUGAUGAUGCUGGUGUUGAUGAUGACGAUGAUGAUGACGUUGAUGUUGAUGAUGAUUGUGUUGAUGAUGACGAUGAUGAUGAUGAUGAUGAUGAUGACGUUGAUGUUGAUGAUGAUGAUGAUGAUGAUGACGAUGAUGAUGAUGAUGAUGAUGAUGAUGAUGAUGACGUUCAUGAUGAGAAUGACGAUGAUGAUAAUGCUGACGACGAUGAUGAUGACGGUGAUGAUGAUGAUGACGUUCAUGACGAUAAUGACGAUGAUGAUGAUGAUGAUGAUGACGUUCAUGAUGAGAAUGACGAUGAUGAUGAUGCUGACGAUGAUGAUGAUGACGCUGGUGAUGAUGAUGACGUUCAUGACGAUAAUGACGAUGAUGUUGGUGAUGAUGAUGUUGAUGAUGAUGACGUUGAUGGUGAUGAUGACGAUGAUAAUGAUGAUGUUGUUGAUUAUGAUGAUGAUGAGGAAGUUAUUGAUGAUAACGGAGAUGAUGAUGACGAUCAUGAGGACAAUGAUGAUGUUGACGAUGAUGGUUAUGAUGACGAUGAUCAUGAUUGUGAUGAUGAUGAUUACGAUAAUGAUGAUGACGACGUUGAUGAUGAGUAUGAUUAUGUCGAUUUUGAUGAUGAUUGGAAUGAUGAUGUUGACGGUGAUGAUGAUGUGGAUGAUGGUGAUGGUGAUGAUAAUAAUGACGAUGAUCAUGAUCAUGAUGAAGAUGAUGAUGACGAUGAUGAUCAUGAUGACGAUGAUGAUGAUGAUGAGGUUGAUGGUGAUGAUGAUCAUGAUGAUGUUGGUGUUGAAGAUGUCGAUGAUGAUGGUGAUGAUGAUAAUGAUGACGACGAUUGUAAUGGUGAUGAUGAUGACGAUGAUGUUGGUGAUGACGAUGGUGCUGAUGUUGAGGAUGAGGACGAUCAUGAGGACGAUGAUGAUGAUGAUGUUGAUGUUGACGAUGUUGUUGAUGACGAUGAUGAUGAUGACGAUGAUGAUGAUGAUGAGAACGUUGAUGAUGACAAUGAUGAUGAUGAUAAUGAUGAUGAUGAUGAUGAUGUUGAUGUUGACGAUGUUGUUGAUGACGAUGAUGAUGAUGACGAUGAUGACGGUACCAUUACGAUUGUGAACAAGCACGUUUACGGCUAA